UUCAAACAUGGCGGAUGUCUCCUUGUGAAGAAAGGCCGCUUCGCCUUCCCUAUUUCAGCCCAAAAUGGCCAGUUCCGAGGUCCAAACGGGGGACUCGCCACAGCAGUUGAAUGAAGGUAUUGAUGGCAUUACAACACAUCACUUGGUGGACACCGGAGGAGGAGGAGGGGAGAUGGGAGUGGUGGGUGAGAUGACAGGGGAUGACGAAGGCCUGAAGGUAACAUCAGUAAUGGCGCAUGAUGGAAGCCAUUCCCUCGACCACGCCAGCCUGCAGGAUGAGGUGCGCUAUGUAACCGUAGACGAGUCAGGGCAAGCCGUCACCAUCAUGUACCCACAUGUCAACUUUGUGGAAUUCCCUGGUGUGCAUGGGGAGCUGAGCCUGGACCAGGGGGCACUAGGGGGAGAUGCAGGCAUGGUGCUGCAGCAGGACUUUAGUGGUGAUGGCCCCAUUACUGUUGUGACGUCGGACGACACCGGCGAGCAGCUGGCCCUCCUGGACCAAGGCCAUGAGCACUCAGCAGUGGCCAUGGGUGGUAGUGAGGGCACACAGGCGAUCACAUACCUAACAGCCACAGAGGAUGGUCCUGAUGGCUCCCCUUCAGCCAUCCUAGGGGAGCAGCUCAUCCAGAUCCCGGCGAGUGACCAGUCAGGCUCCACUCACACCAUCACAGUGCCUCUCUCAUUCCUCAAUGAUGGCUCUGGGGUGUCCAUUCUGCAGGGCCUGAGUCACUUGCAGCUGCCUUUUGUGGGUGAGGCAGGUGGCGACUCCAUCACCCUUUCCUCGCCAAUGGACACCGACCAUAUACCCUCUGUUGGCAGUGCAGAUGUAACACAGAGCCAAGUCCUUUCUGAGCUGCAGUCGAGUGCGGUCACCCCUACCACCACACAACCCUCUGUGCAUGGCCAGCCCCAUGGUCUGUCAACCCCCUCCCAUUUAGGCAUUCAGACUUCCUCUUCCAAAGUCCCCUUAACCUCAAGUGCCAAGCCAGUUGUAGUUAAGACCAACAGCCAGUCUUCAAACAAGCAUGGCUCAUCCCAUCAGCCCAGAAAGCUCAUUGGCUCUGGUCCCACAGCCAUUUCUGCACAGGGUGUUGUCCAGAAGAUUGGUAACAGACUAGUCACAGUUCUCCCACGGCCAGAGGAUCUCAAGAAACUGCAAGAUAGCAAGUCUCUGGUAUUUAGUGUCAAGGGGUCAGGUGACUUUGGCCAGGAUGGUCAGGGCCUGAAGAGCCCCAGGGCAAGGAGGGUUCCAGUGCCCGUCCGACCCCACCAGAGAUAUGGAAGGAGAGGCCGGGGGGUAGGCCGUGGCAGGCCGUCCUCUAUAUCGAGAAUUGAAAUGAAAGAACAGGGCACACUCACUUCACCAACAAAAACAGUGUCCCUGCUGAAGAAGGAUAUCCAAGAGGACUCCAUCUUACUAGCAGAAACCUCCAUGGACCAGCACCUAGAUGGAUGCAUCAAGCUUGAAGACACAUCCAGUGAGGGUAUAGUGCUGGACAUGACACUUCCUGGGGGGUCUCCUGCAUCAGCUGUUCUAGUCAAAGGCCCACCUGAAGAUGAGGAGUUCAUCCUGCCUGAUGUGAUUGUGCCCCACAUACCUGUUACAGCACGGCGUGGGAGAAGAAAAAAGAGGGGAAGGGGAAGGCCCAGAGGUACAUAUGUCAUCUCUUCAACUGGACGCAGACCUGGAAGGCCAAGGAAGGUGGAGACGCUUAUGGAGGGACCACAUGGAGCCCGUAUGAUCCACACGGGGCCUGACACACGCCUUGAGGGGGAGCUUGGAGACCAUGAUACUGAUCUUCAACCAGAGGGGCACAGCAUUGAGCUUGCAGGUGUGGAGGGCAGUGAUGGAUUGCAAGAGAUCCGAGUGCUGGAGAUGGGGGCUAUGAAGGAAGAGCCACUUGAUGUCGAGAUUAAACGGGAGGAGGACGUGGACCCCAAUAAGAGGAAGCUGCCACCUCGGAGGAGGGGUGCUCGGUAUGAGAAAAUGAUGCAAGCCCUGAAGAGGCCAGAAUACGAUGAUGACGAUGACUUCUCUAUGGGCGAGGAGGAGGAUAUUUCCCCAGAUUACCUGACGUACCGCAGGCCAGCCCCCGCUCCUAGACCAAGGGGUACUUCUGGGCCGGGAAAACGAGGUCGCCCUCGCAAGCACUGGCCGGUACCCGAGGGAAUAGUGAAGGUGGAACCGGAGCCAACUGAGCCCCAGCAACUGAUCACGAGCGACCUGGAGGGAACGCAGCUUGAAGAGGUCACACCCGGCGACCUGAUGAGCAGCAUGGUGGUUAAGAGUGCCAACCUCAUGGGGGCAGAAAAACACAACCUACUUAUCACCUUCCAGAAGCCAGAGACAGGCGAGAUGGUCAUCACUAUGCUGCCUCCGCCUCCCACGUCCACGUCGUCCUCUGCCACUGCCUUGACCUCCACGAUCACACCACAACAGAGGGAACACAGACUGAAGAAGACAUCGGUCUAGGUACAGAUGAUGUUGUAAGUGUUGAUGGGCACAAGUGUGAGGCAUGUGGUGAGGUAAUUCCUUUCAAGCGGGACUACAUCCGGCACCUCAGACAGAAACACAACCUGCGUCCCUUUGAGUGCGACCAGUGUGGUAAGACUUGUACCUCACACGCAGCACUGGAGGCCCACCACAAGAUGCAUGGGUUGGAGCGCCCCCACCGUUGUGACCACUGUGGCAAGGGCUUUGUGGACCCAUCUCACCUGAAGACACAUGUCCUCACACACACUGGUGAGAGGCCCCAUCGGUGUCAGCACUGCCCUAAGACCUUUGCCCAGGCUUCGCAACUCAAAAAGCAUCUGGCCAUUCAUGAGGAGGCACAUCAGUACCGUUGCUCUGUAUGUAGCCGCACUUUUGCUCACCGAGACACACUCUACACACACAUGAAAACCCAUACAUCCAAUCGUCCCUUCAUCUGCGAUAUCUGCAGCCUGGGCUUUGUGACGAGCAGUGGCCUCAAUCGCCAUAGGAAGGUCCACAAGAGAUCUAGUGAUCCUGUGGGAGGCUUAGAGGAUGAGCUCAAGUGCAGUGUGUGCCAAGCCAACUUCACCUUCAAACGCACUCUUACCAAGCACAUGAGCACUGUCCAUGGUGAUCGUGUCAUGGUGAAGGAGGAAGAUGAGACAGAGGUGAAGCCCUUCCAGAAUGAAAACUCAAUUGUGGAACAGCUUCAGGAGCAGCUGAAUGAGGGCUAUGCACCUAAGACAUCAGAGCUGUAUGAUGAGCCAAAACAGUCAGAAACACUGGAGAGCAAAUUUCCUACAAACCCCUUUAAAUGUGGAAUCUGUGAGGAGUCCUUUACUGAUGUGGAUGUUCUUUGUGACCACUAUACAAACUGUCACACUGGUGAACAGGAGGUUUACUGUGAUGUAUGCAGUGUUGGUUGUGCCACAGAACAGCAGUUGGAGCAACACAAGCAGCUGCAUCUGGUAGAAGAACAGCAGUCCAUCAUCCACACCAUGCCAACUGAGGAGUUCCCUUAUGUGUGCCAAAUAUGUGGCAAGAGUUUCAAGAAACACCAGGAGUGGGUCCGUCACUACAGGGUCCAUACACAAGAGAAGAACUACAAGUGUGACUUGUGCAAUGCCAGCUUCCCCCUUAAGUCUGCCCUGGAUAAGCAUGUUCUUGUCCACACUGGCGAGCGACCUUUCAAGUGUGACAUCUGCCUGAAAAGUUUCCGCCAGAGUGCAGCCUUAGUGAGACACAAGCUCUGGACCCACCGGCUCAAGAACCAGAACAAAUGUGAGAUCUGUGGUAAGACCUUCUUUACCCCUGCACUGCUCAUGUAUCAUUUGGACAGCCACGGGGAUGCAGGUCAGAGGGUCAAGUCACGGCUGUCUGAGGUGCCAGAGGGCGAGGAACAACAGUUGCUUGAUCAAAACAUGGGUCAGGGAGUAGAAGGGAUGGAAGAUAUAAGAAUGGAAGACAAUGUCCGCCACAGCUGUGAGCACUGUGGCAAGAACUUCCCCAGCUAUGUCGCCUUACUUACGCACAAACUGUCACACAAGCUCUCAGCCUCUUACAAAUGUGAUGUGUGCCACCGUACGUUCCGUGAGAAAAGGUACCUCCAGAAGCACAAGCUCACACAUAAAGGAGUCAAGAGUUGGAAGUGUGACAUCUGCAAGAAAGCCUUUGCAACCAAGCUGACCCUCAUUCGCCACUCACACGUGCACCUGCGGGAGGCCCUGCGACCUGGUCCAGAGCUGCCCUUUAUUCCUGAAGAGGGAGAGGAGGGGAAUGAGGCCAUGGGGGGCAGCACCCUCCCAUCUGUCCUCAAGUGUGAUGAAUGUGGGAUUGACUUUGCCCACAAGAGCCACUUUGUUAGGCAUAAACUCCUCCAUUCAGGCACACCACUGCUCAAGUGUGGACUGUGCAACAGACUCUUUGUACACAAGAGUGAUAUCAUUCGGCAUAAGGUUAUGCAUUCUUUUAUGUUCACUUGUGAUGUCUGUGGCCGUAACUUUCAUAAGAGAUCAUUAUUUAUUAUGCACAAAAAGAAACAUGUUGAUGAUAAGCCCUUUAAAUGUGAGUGUGGUAAGAGUUUCUCUACCAGUGGGAACUACAACACUCAUAAACGGAUUCAUAGUGGUGAGAAACCUUACAAGUGUGAUCAGUGUGAUUACAGGUGUUCUCAGAGUGGCCGCUUGCUGAAACAUAAGAGAAUGCACAGUGGGGAGAAGCCCUUCCAAUGCAAUACAUGUGGAAAGUACUUUGCCAAUGCAGAGUCUGUCAAGAUCCACAUGAGGAUCCACACCGGAGAGAGACCCUUCAAGUGUGGUAACUGUGGCAAGACCUUCAUCAACAACAGCAGCCUCAACCAGCACAUGCGAGACCACAUUCGUGAGGAGAUGUUUAAGUGCGACAUGUGCAGCCACAAAUUCCGCCGCGAGCACCACCUGACUAAACACAGGCAAAUCCAUCACCUGAGACCCCAGUACUCCAACACAGGAAUGGGAUUAGAAACAGAUGGUAAUGUGGAAGCCCACUUGUACAUGUGUGAGAUCUGUGGACGAGUGUUUGAUAAGAAGAAAUACUUGUACACACACCACAAUGUACAUUCUCGCCAGAGGAACUUCCCAUGCAAUGUUUGUGGGAAGCAGCUAGCCUCCCGCUUGGCGCUUAAGAACCACAAUCUCAUCCACACAGGUCAAAUGCCCUUCAAGUGCCCCCUGUGUGACAAAGAGUUCCGCAGUUCGUCCAACCAGAAGCGCCACACGCGGACGCACACAACGCAAGAUGUGCUGCGGUGUGAUGUGUGUGAUGAGACCUUCUACAGCACAGACCUUUUGAGCCAGCACAAGGCCACCCACAUGCAGGGGAUGAUGAUGAUGAACCCUGGUGUGGAGGGGGUCACCAGCACAGAUAACUCACACCAUCUUUACGUGUUUGAGACAGUGGGUGAGGUGGGUGAGGCGAUGGACUCCACACAGCAGCUUCUGGUGGACAACAACCAGCAGCAGUUCCUGGUUGAUGGGUCGCAGCCGCUGCUGGUUUUCCCGGAGACUGCAAACACGCCCUACUCGGAGCUGGCCGAAGCACCUGAUCCAGAGCCCGAGCAGCCAGACCCGGAGCAUCAGCCGCAACCCGAGGUCAUCAUGGUGCAAUCGUUGAGAAGCCCUUCCGCUGUGACGACUGUGGCAAGUCCUUUGCCAAGAAGCAGUAUCUAACAAAGCACAAGUACCGCCACCGUGAAGUGAAGCCGCAUGCAUGCGAUGUGUGUGGCAAGCGCUUUGCUCAGAAGUUUGAGGUGGCUGUCCACAAGAUCAAGCAUACGGGUGAGCGGCGGUUCCAGUGCGAUGUGUGCUGCAAGCCGUUCCGCAGCAAGGUCAAUCUGCUCAAUCACAAGAUGCGGCACACGGGUGAGUACCCAUUCUUGUGCUCUGUGUGUCGCAAAGGUUUCUCCACGCAGCUGCAGCUUGAACGCCACGUCACAUUGCACACAGGCUCACACCCAUACAAGUGCAGCAUCUGUCAGCGUGGCUACACGCAGCGCAUCAACCUGGUCAAGCACUUGGCCAAGACCCACGACAUCGUGGAUGCGUCACAGAUCGAGGCCAUGAAUUCCAUGGAGAACGCAGAAGCGGUCGAAAACAUGGAAGGCAUGGAGACCAUGGAGGGUGUAGAGGAGAUGGACGGCUCGAUGUUGUCGGGCGUGCAAGAGACGGGUAUGGAUGGCGCCGGCCAUCAGGGGGGUGUGGAGGAGGCUGAACAUGUGGCCAUUGCCAUGGACCCGGAUCUUCUACGAGCAGACGUGCCACAGGCAGCAUACUCGGUGGUGGAGGUGCAUCCAGAGGGCCUCAAGGAGUACCUGUUGGCUGGACCACAGGUAGUGUCAACGCACGACAUGGACCCGAAGUUGCUCCAAUCCAUCCUACAGCAGGUGCGCGCCGCUCCCGACGACAGUCACAUCACCACCAUCGCCGACUCGCAGGCCGUUGUGCAUGUCACUGCCAUGGAUGAGUAGGCUCCCCAUCUCCCCAUCAUUAUCCCCGUCCCUUUCCCCACCCCCACCCCUCUCAUGGUCUGAUGGCCCUGCCUUCAUCCUUUCAACAUUCCUUCAUCUAAAGACCUUUCCUGAACAUGAAGGGCAUUCCCCCACCCUAGCGUAUAAACCUUUUAUUACUGAUGUUCGUUUUAAUGAAUUUGAAUAAGGUUUCAUGACAUUUGGAAGGAGUAGAAACAACAAACAAUGAGAGAGAUCUUCCUCUCUGCCCUUGUCACCGCAGAGCGGACAUACAACCUACAAACCACACACCUAAUAAGUCAUAGGACAUAAUGUCCUUUUUGAGUAAAAAGUACCCUUAAGAAAAACGUUCUUUUUGACGUUGACGUUUCUAUAGCACGUCUGGACUCUUUAAGAGUGGACGUUUGUUUCUCGUGCAUGCAUCUAGGUGAGCCUUUCUGAUACAGUUGUAUAUAAAACGCGCGGUUUACGACUGCAUUGCAUUAGAGAAGAAAGACCCCUUUUUGGCUUGAUAGAUUUCUCUCCCAUUUUCUACAUAAUUUAAG